AUGGGCAAGAUGGCGUCCUCGGAUGUGGUUACCGAGGUUGAGAUUCAGCCCGAAAUUCAGGAGGUGGAAAUCGAGGCGAUUCCCGUGGAGUUGCCCGUCGAAACGGUGGUGACGACAGUCGAAGCGGUCGAAGGUCAACCCAUGAUCGCGUUGCAGCCGCUGCCAGAGCCCGGAAGGGAAGAGAUCAUCCUGCAAACCCAGGAGGAGAUCGUCGGAAGCAUAGACGCCGAUCACGAAGCGCUCGCGGGAUACGACAACAUCCCGGUGCCGACGCCCGAAGUGCUCAUCGAGACUAGUCCCAGCACGUCGGGCAAACGUGGCAGGAAAGGCAAGCGCGGCGGCAAGGGACGCAGCUUCGGCGGCGAACUGACGUUUGAGACGGACCGCAGUACGCGCAAGUGGGAACAGAAACAGGUGCAGAUCAAGACGCUCGAAGGGGAAUUCUCGGUCACCAUGUGGGCCUCGGGCACGGAGGACGCUGCAGAGGAGUCGACACCCGAGCCAGACCCCGAUUACACAGAGUACAUGACUGGAAAGAAGAUAGCACCAGGCGGCAUUCCCGGCGUGGACCUGAGUGACCCCAAGCAGCUGGCAGAGUUUGCGAAUUCCACACCGGACAAUGGCAUGAAGCAGUGGUGGGAGCAAGUGCAGUGCACCAGUGUCUACUCCCCCGACAAAAGCAAGAGUGGCGCCGGCCAGAGGAUGAAGGCCAGGAAGCAGAGCGACGAUGUAGCAAGGACGAUAGCAUGUCCACACAAAGGCUGCACCAAGAUGUUCCGAGACAACUCUGCCAUGCGGAAGCACUUGCACACGCACGGGCCCCGGGUCCACGUGUGCGCCGAGUGUGGCAAGGCCUUCGUCGAAAGCUCCAAGCUCAAACGGCACCAACUGGUCCACACGGGGGAAAAGCCCUUCCAGUGCACAUUUGAAGGAUGUGGCAAGCGGUUCUCUCUGGACUUUAACCUGCGGACACACGUGCGCAUACACACGGGUGACCGGCCGUACGUCUGCCCUUUCGACGGCUGCAACAAGAAGUUUGCGCAGUCCACAAACCUCAAGUCACACAUUCUCACCCAUGCCAAGGCCAAAAACGGCACGGGACAGAGGCUGUCGGAUGUUGAGUCGCAGAAGGUCACGUUCACCUUUGACCAGGAUUAAACACACACAAACGAAACAUGUACACAGACAAGAGAAAAGAGGAACGUAAUGUUCCUUUCUUUUUAUGUUGUUUAUUAUUAUUUUUUUUACAAGGAAGGCGGGCAGCAAAGUAGCACAGAGCCACCGUGGCUAGUUUAGUCUCAGCCAUUCCAAGUUAAAGAGAAAAGAACCCAACUUGAUUCUGCUGUGUGUGCCCAUGCCUGCAGCUAUUGUUGUUAAGUCAGGUGUUGCAUGUUGUCUUGUUUGUAUGUUUUUUGUAUUUGAUUGUAAUUCUUUUUUGACAGCUUUGGAAGCGUGCGCAAGAGUGUGAUUUGUGUGAAACAUAUGGAAUUUCACCUGUUUUUGCUUGUUUCAUAAAGCAGGGUGUCAUUUUUCAUCAGUCAGCCUUUUCUUGUUUUCUUUUCAACUUGCAUAUUUUUUUUUUGUUACCUUGCUGCUGCUGCUUUGCCUUAAACAGCAGCUGGUAGACUUUCAUUCAUAUCUUCUAGAAUGCAGUAGGAUGACCUUGCGGGGCAUCAUAGUACCAUGCUGUUGGUAGAUAUAGAAGGCCGUUCUGAAUACAGUUGCCGACCGAUUUUUCGGACCUGGCGGAGACCGAAAAAAAGUUUGAAAAACUGAACACUCCGAAAAAUUUGUUUUUGUCAGAAAUAUGAACUUUAUUGCAUCAAACAGGCUUAAAAAAAGUCCAUGAUUCUGCCUUGCCUCACACUAUGCUUGGAAGCAAUUUGGUUCACCCAUAUUUGCGCCAAGGUGACAUCGUCACCGUAAAUGCUCGACAAAAGUGGCAGCGCGAUGGUGAUCUCCGCUGCCGACAGCUGCGGGCGGUCAUCGUCGACAUCAUCCGAACCAAUCUCCGGCUGCGGCACAACGUGGCGAAUAAUUUCUUCGUGUGUGGGCUCCGCACACGAAAUUCUCAUCGUCCGCAAGAGCGAAGUCUUUAAAUAGAGAAUUAUAGAAUAACGUUUGCAGGCGCUGCGGGCGUUAAGGGAACUUAACGCUGCGGGCGUUAAGUUCUAGUAUAGCGUUUGCUCCUCCUAGGGAAAGGUCUAGAAACAUUCACUCCGAUCGCAAACUCAAAUGCACGGAAGCUACACACAACACUUCGCGGGCUUUGCGAGGCGGAAUCGCCGCACGCUAUUUCGGAUUUUCUGCGGACAGGGUGCGAACGGCGACUCGCGUUACGACACAUGCGCAGUGGCAGCGACUGCACCGCCAAGAGCUGACAGUGCGCUAUUCUAGAACUCCCUAAUGUCAUUGUGGCAGGCACAUUCACUCCACAACUGCGCAGAUCCGCUUCUUCCCUGUACUGUGUGAUGACAGUGCUGACCACUACGGCUGACUGAAGACGAGAAAAUGGUCCCGUGCCGCGUUUUCUAAAGCAGACAUGGCCUCCGAAACUUGAAAUAUGAUGUUUGCUUUCCAAUCUUGGAGGCAGGAAAGCCAUUUUAAAAUUAAGCCACUAAGCUUAGUCAAGCCGGCAGAAAAUCCAACAUGGCGGCGUCCAUACAGGUUUAUGGCACGGCUCAAAACAAGCGAUAUAGUCUGAAAAAUCCAACUUUAUGUGGCGAAUUCGUACAAAAAACGGUUGAAAAAAUGCACUAGCCCUAUGGGAACCCUGACAGUGCACUUUUAAAGUCCGAAAUAUCCAACAAGUCUGAAUUUUUGAGGUCCGAAAAAUCGGUCGGCGACUGUAUGUAACAUCGCAAUUAUUGUUCGGUUUGUGGCUGGUGCCAUGUAGCUUCAAUCAUUGUGCAGCUGCUGAGUUAACUGUUCUAGUGGUGGCGCAGUCGUGCGUACUGGGAACAGACACACGGAGUGCAUGCAACUUCAGGAGGAAGCCCAUGCUUUGUGUACCUGGAUUAAAAAUCCAGGGAGUUGACGUCUUGUAUGCAGCUUGAAUAAGAAUACGGAAACGUUAGUGUGGGGCCUUUUUUAUUUGAUUUGUGCAUCCGUUUGUCGAACUGCGCUUAGCGCCGCUAUUGUGUUCAGAAACCCUCGGUGUGUGCACUUUUAAAAGUGGUCAGACUUUUACAAACCACGCAAGCCAUUGCCAGGAAAACAGUGUUGUAGGUUUUAUCAACACUGGGUUGCAUCUGUUGCUUAUUUAUGUGGAUGUUGUUGGCAUCAAAUGCACCGUGAAAGGCUUGAGCCAAGAUGAUGAUAUAAAGAAAGAAAAUGCAAGGUUAUGUUGUCAUGUGCGCAAGCUAUGCUGUUGGGUCGUGGCGCGGCAUUCUAGUUCGCAAGAGGUGCUGGCACAGGUUUAAAAAAGCAUUUUGUUUAAUGCUCAGAGAUAUUGUCUUGGCAGUCAGUAAGUCUGCUUUGCCCCGGCUCCACCUGUGAAAGAUGUUUCUGCGAAAUGUUUGCUGCUCGCCUUUCUCUCGCGCCUCGGCAUGUGCUCGCUACGCUUACAUAUAUUUUGUUCCAUGUGAAUAUAGAAAGUGUGCUGCUUCCUGACGUGUGUUGGCUCACUCGCCAGUCGUCGGUCAUAUUUAGCGCAUCUCACUGUACAUAGUACUCAUGGUUUUUGACACCGGUAGUUUGCAGUACCCCUGCCCGCUCUGCCAUUUCGUUUGUCGUCCACUGUAGGGGACGGUAGCGUUUAUAAUUCUUCUUCUAUAGGCGUGAGACAGUCCUUUGAGACAUCGCUUUUCUUUGUUGCUCCUGUAGUCGAUUAUCAGAUUUCGUUUGUCCCCAGCCUCUCUUAUUUUACAAAAUCGAGACGCGCACCUUACUCAACAUUGUCACCAACACCUUCAGCGACGAGGGUUGCACUGGCUGCGGCCAUUGCCAAGAGGGCUGCAAUGUUUGGGCGCACAGUACAGUCAGCGUUGUCACGCCAAGGUGUACAGGGAGCUCGCGCGUGAUUGUUCAAGAAAGCUUUGUGAAUCGAGAUGUGCAUGUUGAAUCGUCCAAGAUGGCUCUUCACGGGCGGUCGGCGAGCCGGGUUUGCAUUGUCGCCGGCAUUGUCGACUUUUGUAGCAGAGAGGGGAAUAUUUUCAGACGGCUUCGUUCGCCGGAGAAGCGUGUACAUAAUCGUGUAAACAAUUCCUGAAUGGGCAUUGACAGUGUCUAUCUAUACAGGUGGUGAAAUAUCGCCAGUUUUUUGAAGAAUGCAUGUUCUUGCUUUUGCUUCGGUUGAUUGUUUUUUAAGUCUUUUUUUGCUCCGGUGGAUCUAGAAUUCACCUAUCGUAGAAAAACGUUUCAAAUUUUGUGUUUCACAGCCGAGACCUCACCACUGGAAUAUCUGUACGAAAUGGCCAUAAAUAUAUGUCCAUAAAUAACUUUACGCAUAUAUAUUGCACAAAAAUUUUUUCCACUUGAAUGACCAACAUGUACCCAGCAAGGCAAAUUGGAGUUUGCUUUUGUAAAAUCGCUCUCGUUUUGAGUGGUAAAUUUGGCAAAUAGCAAUAGCGAGCAUUGGUUCAAUCUGGUGCGCUGUUUCGUCCAAUCAUCGAAAUGCCUGGGCAUCCCGGUGUGCAUCACUGCAGUUUGUCGAGGCGGCAAGAAGACGUAACCCCCCUUUCUUUACUGUAGUUGCCUUAACCCAUGUUGACAGCGAAUAGUGUUGUCACAAUGUCACUGGAAUGGAAUUGUGAGUACCAAAUCAGGUGUGCAUUAUUUCUCUUAUGAAUUCGUUAAUAAAUGGCAGCCUGUCACAGUUUUAGUACUAAAGUUCAAAUAAUCAUUUCACUGAAUGCUGUGCUUCGAGAUUUGCUGUUGGAUUUGCAUUGAACUGCUUAUGAAUCAUAUUCCUGCAAAAUGUACCCAGGGCUGCUGUUUUGUAGUGGUGCUGUUUUUGAUGCCAUUGCAUACUGGUCAGAGGGUGUUAUCACGUUAUCAGCAUCACCAGCCAUCAGCAAGUGGCAAGUUGUAAAACCUGCACAGAAUUCAGCCAAAAGAAUUGUUGCAAAAUAGCAGCCCAGUAAUAUGCUGCCCUUGUAGCCUCACAGGGCUUUCUCUUCAGCAUUUGAAUAUUUAACAUUUAGCUACUUUAUCUAGUGCACAUUUGGGUUGAGGCAAAACAAGAUGUUUAGGGAGGCUUGCUGUGCGACAACUGUCAUGUAAAUAAAUACAUUGUUUUGUGUCCAGUGCUGGGUCUCUCUUCUUGCCUGUGUAUUUUGCUUUUUUCACGUAGCAAAUUGCUUUUUUGUUGAUGAGUAGGUGUAUAUUGUGGGAAAUUCAGAUACGAGAGCCUUUGUAUUGAGCUUGAGAGAAAAAAAAAGUGUAUUAUUGGAUAUAUGUACAUACCAUGCACGUGUAGUCAUAGUAAAACUCAUCACACAUUUUGUUUCCCUUCGAUUUCCUUGUCUAUUUCUACUGACUGCACACUGCUCGUUAGCAGGGUGUCUGAUGCUGUGCUAUUUUCUCGUUCGGCGCGUUCCGGAACUUUCUUUAGUUUGGUGUGUGUGUGUGUGAAGAGGCACGUUUGUCUUUUUCUGUACAGAUUGCUUUGUGCAACAGUAAGUAAUGAGGAUAAUAAAAAACGACUUUCUAUUGUGA